GGGAAGAAGAAGAUCGAGCGCGAAUGGCGCCGCGACUGGUGCUGGGUGCGCACCGACGAGCUCCAGGAGUUCCACGAGGAGCCCCUCGGGCCCCGAAGGACUCUAACGACUGGACGCUCCGCGACCAAAAGGAUGAGGAGUUGGCCCUGAUCUGUGCCAAGAGCAAGGCUUUCUGCGAGGCUUGGCUCACGGACACGGAGCGCCACUUCAUCGGGAGGCGCGUGGCUCCCAUACAGCGGCGCUCACAUCCGGCGUGGAUGUACACCGGGUCCGGCGACCGGACCCGACUGCAGCGCACUAACCUCUUCCCGGAGGAAGUGCAGUUCUGGGUGAAGGGCAUAACCGGUGAGGACGAACCCUACCGGCUGCCCCCGCUUGGCGUCCCCCUGGUGAGGCGGUCUGCGGCGGAGCGGGCGAGCAGGCAGGAGGCCAGCCCGCAGCCUCAGGAGCCUCACGACAACGUGGGGCCUGGGGCCUCCGGCGGCAGCGACGCAGCUGCAACAGCCGCCCCGACUACCCCGGCGGCUCCGCCAGUCCCACGCACGCGGAGCGGCCCCCCGGCGAGGAGCAUCCUGGCGGACAUGGUGCUCAAGCUCAAACCGGUGGGUUCGUCGAGGAAGAGGGGGCAGACCAGCACGUCGCCGGCAGCCCCGACAAAGAAGCCCCGCCCGACAUCAGGCGGCGGCGACCGAGAUGCCGCAGACACGGCUGUUGAGACGGCGGCAGCGGCCACUGGGGACCCGAGGGUCCCCGAUUCGAGCUCGCAGGGCACCGCCCGGCGGCAGGUAUGUGCGAGUUCCACCAUUUCUUUUACCCAUGCGUGCCAUCUCCCAUAUUUGACGCAGGUGCUCUUCGUGCAGUCACCGGGGAUGUUCCGGCAGCGCCCGCGCCCACCGAGCAGCAGGGCUUGGCUAGGCCGGGGGCGCUUCGUCAAAUCCCGACGCACCCUCAGGGUCACAGACGGUUGCGGCGGGGUCCUCCUCCUCCGGCGGAGCUGCCUUCAGCCUGGGAGCAGGGGAGCUCGCCGGGCGGACAUGGGGUUGGAUCACUUUCGACCCCAACGUGUCCCAGCAGGGACACCAAGUGAUUGAGAUCAUCCAGCAGUAGCAGCGGAUGUUCGUCGAUUUCUUCAACGACGCGCACCAGCACCACGCCCGCGUAGUGGCGGAACUGGGUGCAGCGCGACGGGAGGCAAAGGGGCAGCGCACCGAGCUGCAGCGGCUCCGGGAGGAGCUCUAGCAGGCGCGGCAAGCCGGGGCAACGACUGCUGUGCAAGGGGUGCUGGAGGCGAAGGUCCUCCAGCAGCUGUGGGAUCUUCAGCAAGAGCACCAGCGGGAGUUCGAACUGGUGAAGGCCACACACGCUAAGAACGAGGAGGAGCACCAAGCGGCUCUGGACUCGUUCCAGGGGCGUCUUCGGGAGACGACGGACUUACUGUCCAACUACUUUCUGGAGAUCCAGCGCCUCCGCCGUGAGGUCAGAGAGCUGGAGACGGCGGCUGCAACAGCAGCUGAAGCCUCGGCGCACCGGGAGAAGGAGCUGCAGCACCAGGCUCGCUCCCGGGAGCGCGAGCUUGCGGGGCAACUCAAGGCCGCCCAAGAUGUCAGCUCGUCCCUUCAGGGUGAGCUCGACAUGGCACGGCAGGAACUCCGGUUGGUCGAUGAUGACAACACCAAGAAGGCGUCCGAGAUCGGCAGGCUGAAGUCCGAGUGCCGUGAGCAGAAGCUGCAGGCCCAGGAGGCUCGCGGUGCGUGCACCGAGCUGCGGGCCCGCAGGACAGGGGAGGUGGCCAGGCUGAAGAAGCUGGCGGACUUAGCGGUGGAGGCGCUACAGGGAUUCGACAUCCCUGUGGCUUCCUUCGACGGGGCGGACAUGGGCAGCUUCACUUCCUUCUUCGCAGACUUCGUCGGCUGGCUGAGCGGCCGGCAAAGCUGUGCUACGGCCUUCGGGGACCGGCAAGUCGGCCUUGCAGCCGAGCAGGUCGCCGGACAGAUUCUCACCUAGGUCCACUCCGCCCACCCCGACUUCCCGUUCGGGUCGGUCUUCGACGCCUGGCCGGACGAGGAAGAGGCCAAGACCCACCGGGAAGCAGUGCAGGGCUUUGUGGACGAGAUGGUGGCGUGGAUGCAGGGCAAGGUUGAUGACGCCGAAGCCGCUGACGAGGAGGUUGCUAGGGAAGCCCCCGAUGCCGAGGAUGCACCCGACACCGACGCAGCCGCCCCGGGAGCACCUCCUGCAUAACUACUUGUUUGUUUUUUAUUUUCCUGCAAGUGGCGCAUGGCGCCUUAGAACUUUUUAUGUUAGCUUUCCCUUAUCAUUGCAAGUGUUAUUUGUUAACUCGUUUGUUCAAGCUUCAAUAUAUCCAAUGCUACUUUUACUUA